UGCGUCUACUGGAAGAAACCUCAGUCACGUGACCUCAAACGUCAACAGCGUAAUGGCAGCCUCCUCCUGUUUAGUACAUCAACACAAGGUACCGAGCUGCUGAACGAGCGCUUCGUCUAUUAACCCAAAGAGUCACAUCUCCAAGAAGAAAGCAGCGGGCACCGCCAUGUCUCCAAAGAUCACAGGAGAGCUGCUCAGGCAGCUUCGCCAGGCGAUGAGGAAUUGUAAAUACUUCUCUGAGCCCAUACAGGCUUACAUCGUCCCUUCUGGAGAUGCACAUCAGAGUGAAUACAUUGCACCGUGUGACUGCAGACGUGAAUUUAUCUGUGGAUUUAAUGGCUCUGCAGGUACAGCCAUCGUCACAGAGCAGCACGCUGCCAUGUGGACUGAUGGGCGAUAUUUCCUCCAGGCCAGUCAGCAGAUGGACAACAACUGGACCCUUAUGAAGAUGGGGUUGAAGGAGACACCCUCUCAGGAGGACUGGCUGAUCAGCAUUCUGCCAGAGAACUCCAAAGUGGGAGUGGAUCCUUGGAUCAUCGCUGCUGAUCAGUGGAAGAACAUGUCCAGGGCGCUGACCGGUGCAGGCCACUCUCUGGUGGCAGUGCAGGAUAACCUGAUCGAUGCGGUCUGGAUGGACCGCCCAGAAAGACCCAGCACACAGCUCCGCACCCUGGGCUUAGAGUACACCGGUGUGUCCUGGCAAGAUAAGAUCACCGCGCUGCGAGCCAAGAUGACGAAGAGGAAAGUGACCUGGUUUGUUGCCACGGCGUUGGAUGAGAUAGCAUGGCUUUUUAACCUCCGCGGUGCAGACAUCGAGUACAACCCAGUUUUCUUUGCGUAUGCCAUUGUGGGGAUGAACACAAUAAGGCUUUUUGUGGACCUAAAGCGUCUUUCUGAUCCCGCAUUGAGAGACCACCUGCAGCUGGACUCCCCCAGCAAGCCCGAGAUGAGCAUCCACACGUUCCCGUACGAGUCGGUCUACACCGAGCUCCAGGCCAUCGGUGCGGCACACAGCCCCAAGGACAAAGUGUGGAUCUGUGACAAGGCCAGUUGUGCUCUCACACAGGUCAUCCCCAAGGCCCACAGGACUCCGAUUCCCUACACUCCGCUCUGCCUCGCCAAGGCAGUGAAGAACACGACUGAGAUUCAAGGCAUGAAAAUAGCUCAUAUCAAGGAUGCAGUGGCCCUGUGUGAACUGUUUGCUUGGUUGGAAAAGGAGAUUCCAAAAGGCAAUAUCACCGAGAUCUCUGCUGCCGAUAAAGCUGAAGAAUUACGCAGUCAACAGAAAGAUUUUGUUGGCCUCAGUUUCCCCACAAUUUCCAGCGUCGGUCCCAAUGGAGCAAUCAUACAUUACAGACCUCUGCCUGAAACCAACAGAACCCUCUCCCUGAAUGAAGUUUACCUGAUCGACUCUGGAGCUCAAUAUGUUGAUGGAACCACAGACGUCACACGCACCAUGCACUUUGGGACACCAUCAGCUUUUGAGAAGGAAUGCUUUACCUACGUACUGAAGGGACACAUAGCUGUCAGUGCUGCUAUUUUCCCCAACGGAACAAAAGGCCACCUGUUGGAUUCGUUUGCCCGUGCAGCUCUGUGGGAGUCGGGGCUGGACUACCUUCACGGUACGGGCCACGGCGUGGGCUGCUUCCUCAACGUCCACGAGGGGCCAUGCGGCAUCAGCUACAAGACCUUCGCCGAUGAACCUCUGGAGGCCGGCAUGAUCGUCAGUGAUGAACCUGGGUACUAUGAAGAUGGAUGUUUUGGCAUUCGUAUUGAAAAUGUGGUCCUUGUUGUACCAGCUAAGCCCAAAUACAACUACAGAAACAGAGGUAGUCUGACAUUUGAGCCCCUCACUCUGGUUCCUAUCCAAGUCAAGAUGAUGAACACAGAGCUGCUCACAAAGAAGGAGGUGGACUGGGUGAACGAGUACAACAGGAAGUGUCUGGAGGUGAUCGGAGCAGAGAUGGAGAGGCAAGGCAGGAAGGAGGGGCUGGACUGGCUGAUCAGAGAGACCCAGCCGAUCGUCUGAGGAGCGACUCCGGUGCAAACCGACCCUUUCUGCCCAGUAGUACUUUACGAUCAAUCGCUCCCAAGUGAUAAUCGUCUGUAUUUUUCUCAUCUUUCUCUGUGUCUCACACUCGGCUUCUUUUGUAAAGCACAUUGUAUCAGCAGUUUUAUUAAAGAUCAUUAAAAGAAAUCAAGAAAUAACUUUUCUGUAUUUACUACUUUGUGUCUCCAACAUAAUCAGCUUUUCUUGAACUGUGACAGCAUCUUGUUCAGCUUGGUGUUUUUGAGGUUAUUCAAAUGUGGAAGAACUUAAGAUGAAGAAGAUGUAAAGUGAAAAAGUAAAUGCAGAAUGAGGAAUAUCAUCAAUAUUCAAACACUAUCCUAACACUCAUUUACAGAAGAAAGCCACAAUGACUUUAGAAACUUUGGACAUAUACACGAUUAUUAGGCCUCUAUAUAACUAGUAGCAUAUUCCUGUUCUUACAUUUUGCACCUUUAAAAUUAAAGGUACCCUGCUCAGUGUUGUUUACAUUCAGUGUUUGUCACCAAAAUGCAUUGUGUGUAUAAUUGAGGCUUUACAAACAUGCAUUUUCUAUUUUAUAAAACAUUUGCAGUGCUAUUUUAAAAAUAUUAAAAAUCUACAAAUCUA